GUUAAUGAGUGCUCUGGUAAGAAGCAUAAUUUAUAGAGAAGCUAGCAAGUUCUGAGGAAGAGGGAAAUUAACACGGACAGCAAACCACUAUCUUUGAGCAGCUUGUCCUUUAAGCAUGUCGAGAUCCAGUCCUUUUAGUUUCACUUCAGUGAUCUCCAAAACGGGAACCUGGUGUUUGCCACUAUUCCAGUUGGUGCUCUCGGACCCACCAUGUGAAGAAAAUGAAAUGUACGUAAACUAUAAAAAUCAAUACCCAAAUGACUGGUAUAUCUGGUUCUUGCUCCUAAUUUUCCUGGUGGCUCUGCUAUGCGGAGCAGUGCUCUUCUGCCUUCCCUGCUGGCUGAGGAGAUGCGGGAUCGGUUCCUCAAGACGCACCGUGGCUGUUUUUGCUGUCGGCGACUUGGACCCUGUUUAUGAGCUGGGUCCUUCAGCCCUGACAGCAGCAAGCAGGUCCCCUGUAUUCCUGAGAAGACCUGGAGGGACGGAAGCAGCUGUGAAUCCAGCUGUUGGAAUUCACCUUCCAACUCAAAACCCUGAACUGUAUCAUGUUUCAAGUUUCAACACUUCAGGAGCACCUCCUCCAUAUGAAGAAAUUCUGAAAUCAAGCCAACUUUAGCUAUGGAUCAUCAAUUGAAGAGAUUAGAAAUAUUUACCUAGCCUUUUUCCAGGUAAUCAGUAACCCCUGAGCCCCUGAGGUGGCAGAAGACAGUGGCUUAGAUCUGACUAAUGGUCACAGGGUCUGGCAAGCUAAAGAUAACAUAUUGGCCUAAGUUAUGUUUCAGUUCCUGAGCCCUAAGGUGGAAGGACCCCAUGGCUGCUUUCCAAUGAAACCAGACAGGAGGACACUGGAAAACACAUCAGAGUUGCUCUCAAGACCUGAAGAAAUGAUUUGUUACCUUUACCUCACCUCUGACCAAUCAGCUCCCAGCAGGACUGUGAAAACCUAACCUACUGUGUCUUGUGAUUCUACCCUGUAUAAUCUGUAACCUACACACAACUGGGGAGUUAGGGGUUUUGAACAUUAGCUUCCCGUUCUCCUGAGUGGUUCUAUUCAUAAUAAAAUAGCGAAUCUUUCUCCAGUGCAAUUCUCGGUAUCUAGUGUUUGGCUCUACUUGAGCCUAGUGGAUGAAUUCUGUUCUGUAACAGUAUAAAAAUAUUAAUAUAUGUAUAUUUACAGAGAUUCAGCAUUUCUACUUUAAGACACAGUUAUAAAGCAAUUCUAUAGUUAUAAUUCUACAGAAAGGCAAACACAUUUUUAAAAGGAACAUUUAUUCCAAUAUUGUUUAUAGUAGCAAACUCAGAAACAAUGGAAAUGUUUAAGGGAACAAAUUAGAAAAAUAAGGGUACAUUUGACCAAUGAACUAUGCAGCCAUUAAAAAAGAAUGAACUGACAUGGAAAACUGCCAACAAAUAUAGUUAAUCAUUAAUUUUAUUUUUAAAAGAAAGGCAUAAUAUAACACUAUGUUGUAUACAUUUUCAAUGGAUCUAUAUAUGCUAUAUAUUUCAAAUUUUUUUUGAAAGGAUACAAGAAAUAUUAAAUAGGUACAUCUGUUGGGAGAGAGACAGUGGGUGAAGACCAUAGACAUGGGUAAGAGCAACAUUGUGUAAUAUUUACAUUUCUGUAAAUUAAAAAAAAUAAAAAUGUAUGUGUGUAUAAUAUUUUUCUGACUCCAGAGAUUCUCUGGGUGCUGAGAUCAUUGGUGUUUUGUUUGUUUGUUUGUUUGUUUGUUUGUUUGUUUGCUUUGCUUUCCUCCUUAUCCUUUUCUGCUUUAGGCAAAUAGAGAUUAUUUCAAUACAGAUUUUAAAUGACAAAUUACCAGCUUUUUGAAUGGAAACAUAGGUUAAUCGAUAUUGUAGUGUGCGUUAUAUUGUAUUCCAAUUAAUUACUGCACAUCAGAAGCCAACAUUAUUCACUUGAGAACAAUUAUUUCUGAGCUCAAAAGCUGCAGAACCUGCUCCAGGCAUCACUUCUUUCUAAUUGUCAAUGUAGUCCCUUAAAUUGAGACAGGAAGUGCUCUCUCCAGCAUGAGAAUGUCGACAUAAAAAAAUGAAACCGAAAAGGCAAAAUAAUUGACUUGAAAGAUUAAAGUGUAAAGGAGAGAAUAUGGCAGGAGGAUUAGUUUGGGAAUCAGAAUGAUUUCGGUGAUGGUGAAGAUGGCUUGAUAGGACUUUGCUACAUCUAUCAUGCCUCAAAGAGGUGACUGUAGAAGGGAAACCAGAACAGUAACUGGGCAGAAUAAAACUAGCACUGUAUAAACGUGAUAGUAUUCCUAAUGGUGGCACUGAGGACCUUAGAGCAUGCAUCUUCACCUCAAUUUUCCUACCUUGGAAAGUGCCAUCUUCUCACGGUUUUCACUUUAAAGUAAUUUGUGAAUAUCAAAAACUCCUUCCACCCAGUUAUACUCUGGGGACAGGGAGCUGCUUGUAAUUUUUAGCACAUUAUUUGCCAUCUCUUAGUUCUAUUUCUUUGUGCAUGAUGUCUUUGCAAAAAAUUCAUUCUCCUAACUUGUUUUCUAUCAUCAUUCUUUACUCAACUGAAAAUUUCCUCCUCGGUGAAGCCUUCCCUGACUCUACCAGGAGAUGUAGAGAUUGAUUUUCUUAUGGGAUUUCCCUUAUACCCAUGAUAUAGCAAUUAUUUUUGCACUCUAAACUUUUUUUAAUGUCUGUGUGGCCCCUAUACCUUAUGCUGAUUCAAACCACAGAUAUGGCCUUUCAAUAAAACUGCCCAAAUGGAUGCAUAAAUAAGGGAAGGAAUAAUAUAGUGAACAAAUAAAUCUCACACAGUGAAUUUUCCUGGCCAGGGUAU